AUGACAGCCGAUCCAGAGUUCAGGGCGGGGGAGGGAGCCGUCGAUCCACCUGGGGGCGGAGAGGGCCGGCGGCAGGCCCGUGGGGAGACGGCAACCGGGCGCAGGGAUGAUGACUCAAGAACCACAUCCGCACCUGAAGGAGGUACUAGAGAUGCGAAGAUAGUGGUCCGGCGGGUGGUGGAUGUGGUCAGGCUGGCAGAAAAGGGUGACAUACUGGCAGUGAAGGGAGAUGAGCUGGCAGCAGAGGAGGCCAGGCUGGUGGCGAAGGAACCUGUUUUGGCAGCAGAGCAGCAGCAGCAGCAGCAGCAGCAGCAGCAGCAGCAGCAGCCACCGCCGCCGCCGCCGCCGCCGCCGCCGCCGCCGCCCCGGCCCCGUCCGCGGCAGCAGCGUUCCUGCCUCUCGCCGUCGCCGUCGCCGUCGCCGUCAGAGUCGCGGGCAAAACAAACACUGGACGUAUGGCCUUCGCUGGAGGCCCAGACGGCAGAUGCUGUGCGCGACUCACAGUCCAAGGCUGGCUUGUGGAAGAUAGAUUGGAUUACAAAGGAGGAGGAGGAGGAGGAGGAGGAGGAAGAGGAGGAGAACUAG